AUGGUGCCGUUGCCCGCGAUUCUCCCCGGCUCGUGCGUCCCUGACGACUCGUGUAAAUGCGGCGUCUUCCCGCGGUCCGCGGAGCUCUGCGCGAGCGCGCGCGCAGGCGGCGGCGUCAUCUGCACUACGGCGUGCGACAUCUCGCCGCCGCCGCCGGCUGCACCCGCAUCGCCUCCUCAAUCAUCGGCUACGAAGCGAGUGUCUAAAGUCUGGAUCGCCUUCGCCGUCGUCGGCGCGGUCGGUGUCUUCGCUGGCAUCUGCUCCAUCAUCUACUGCUUCGUCUUCGGCUUCUGCAGCCACAAGAGGAUCCACAACUCCGUCCAGCCCAAUCUCGCCAGCAACGCCCCUGCCGCGCCGGCGGAUAACGUCGGUGGCGUCGGCGCUGGAGUCGGCGCCGUGGCCGUGGCGAGCCCCUACGGCUCGCCGAACGGGUCACGGGCGCGCGGCCUCUUCCGGCGGCAGCUCUCCCGCGCCAUGACACGGCAGCGCAGCGGGCCGUCGUCCUUCAACUUCAAGGAACACACCGAGGAGUACACGUUCGCGCAGCUGGCGACGGCGACGAACGGCUUCGCGCCGGAGGCCAAGAUCGGCGCGGGAAGCUUCGGCACGGUGUACCGCGGCAAGCUCCCCGACGGGCGCGAGGUUGCCAUCAAGCGCGGCGAGGCGUCGGGGCCAAUGGCGCGCAAGUUCCAGGAGAAGGAGAGCGCGUUCCGGUCGGAGCUGGCCUUCCUCUCCCGCCUCCACCACAAGCACCUGGUCGGCCUGGUGGGCUACUGCGAGGAGAACGACGAGCGGCUGCUGGUGUACGAGUACAUGAAGAACGGCGCGCUCUACGACCACCUCCACCCCAAGGGCGGCGGCGCCGACGCGGACGCGGCGUCGCCGGUGGUGUCGUCGUGGAAGCUGCGCAUCAAGAUCCUGCUGGACGCGUCGCGGGGCAUCGAGUACCUGCACUCGUACGCCGUGCCGCCCAUCAUCCACCGCGACAUCAAGUCGUCCAACAUCCUGCUGGACGGCGGGUGGGUGGCGCGCGUGUCGGACUUCGGGCUGUCGCUGAUGGGGCCGCCGGAGACGGAGGAGGCCGGCGGCGCGCAGCAGCAGCACCUGUCCAUGAAGGCCGCCGGCACGGUGGGGUACAUGGACCCGGAGUACUACGGCCUGCACCACCUCACCGUGAAGAGCGACGUGUACGGCUUCGGCGUGGUGAUGCUGGAGACGCUGACGGGGAAGCGCGCCAUAUUCAAGGAGGCCGAGGGCGGGAGCCCCGUGAGCGUGGUGGACUACGCGCAGCCGAGCAUCGUGGCCGGGGAGCUCGGCAAGGUGCUGGACGGGCGCGCGCCGGAGCCGUCGCCGCACGAGGCCGAGGCCGUCGAGCUGGUGGCGUACACGGCCGUGCACUGCGUGCGGCUCGAGGGGAAGGACCGGCCGGCGAUGGCCGACAUCGUGGCCAACCUGGAGACGGCAUUCGCGCUGUGCGAGGGCAGCGCGGGCGGCAGCCGCGGCGCCGGCGGCACCACCACGGGCGGCGGCUUCGGCAACAGCUCGUCCAGCGCCAGCCUCUCCAUGACGUCCAUGGAGCUGUCGGGACGGCUCGCGGAGUAG